AUGUCUCACAAUUCGACAGCCGUCAUCCUCACAACAUGGCAUAUGGCCUUCGCUUCCUUCAUGACCCAGAUCCUUGCCCGGACCACCACGCUACUCGAUGGCCGCAAGAAGGUCAAGAUGACCGGAAAGGUCUACCUGCGCGCCAUCGUCCCCAUCGGCUUCUUUUUCAGCUUGAGCUUGAUCUGUGGUAACAAGACAUAUCUGUAUCUUAGCGUGGCCUUCAUCCAAAUGCUCAAGGCAACCACUCCUGUCGUUACCCUCCUCGCUACGUGGGCCUUGGGCGUUGCGCCGCCAAACAUGAAAGUGCUCUUCAACGUCUCCUUCAUCGUCAUAGGAGUCGUCAUCGCCACGUUUGGAGAAAUCCACUUCGUCAUGACCGGCUUCCUCUACCAGAUUGCCGGCCUUAUCUUCGAGGCCAUCCGUCUCGUCAUGGUGCAGCGUCUCCUCAGCUCGGCGGAGUUCAAGAUGGACCCCCUGGUCUCGCUGUACUAUUUCGCCCCCAUCUGCGCGGUCAUGAAUGGAAUCGUCUCUCUCGUUCUGGAGGUGCCGGAUGUGUCGAUGGAGAAUAUCUACAGAGCCGGCGUCAUCACACUCAUCAUGAAUGCCAUGGUUGCAUUCCUCCUUAAUGUCUCCGUCGUGUUCUUAAUCGGCCGCACAUCCUCCCUCGUCCUAACCCUCUGCGGCGUCCUUAAAGACGUUCUCCUCGUCAGCAUCUCGGCCGCCUACUGGAAAACCCCUGUCACCCCGCUCCAGCUAUUCAGCUACAGCAUCGCCCUCGGCGGCAUGCUGUACUACAAGCUCGGCGCAGAGAAGUUCAAGGAAUAG